UUUAAAGAGAAAGGCCCAAUGACCAAACGCGGCUGUGAACGGCGAGUUUUCUACGUAGCUGGUAAGAAAAAGCAUAGGCACAGAACUUUCUUGAGUUAGUUUACAGUUCCCAAACGCAUCGUUCUUCUCUGGAGCCAUGGCAAGCCUUUAUAGAGGACCAUCUAGAAAGGACAAGCCUAGGGGGAGGCAUCACGGGUUGAAUCCGCAGAAGAAACAGGAGAUUAAGGAAGCUUUUGAGUUAUUUGACACUGAUGGCUCAGGAACCAUCGAUGCUAAAGAGCUGAAUGUUGCCAUGAGGGCUCUUGGUUUUGAGAUGACAGAAGAGCAAAUAAAUCAAAUGAUUGCAGAUGUUGAUAAGGAUGGAAGUGGUGCAAUUGAUUUUGAUGAGUUUGUGCACAUGAUGACAGCCAAAAUUGGAGAGAGGGACACUAAAGAGGAGCUCAAGAAAGCCUUCCAAAUCAUUGACCAGGAUAAGGAUGGGAAAAUAUCUGCCUUGGAUAUUAAGCUCAUUGCAAAGGAUCUAGGCGAAAACUUCACUGAAGAAGAGAUAGAAGAUAUGAUUGAGGAAGCAGACCGAGAUCAUGAUGGAGCAGUGAACCUUGACGAAUUUAUCAGGAUGAUGAAGAAAACAUCUUAUGGUUAUUAGAAGGCAAGUAUGUUAUAUCUGUCUGGUCGAAUGCAUAAUCGAUUAUACUGUUUUGGAUUAAAGUUAUGUAAGUAAGAGGGCUUGAAUUUGGAUUUGCAUAAUGUAUCUUAUAUGACAUAUAUUUGUAUCAAUUGAAUCUGUUUGUUUUCUUUGCUAUUUUAAUGCAUUAUGGACUUAGUUGAUGUUA